AUCAUCAACGAUGUUCACAAUAUAGGACGGGAGGCAGAAAAAUCAUACCUCGAAAUCUUGCAGUCCAGAAACGAAUUGGAACCAUCCAGCGCAGACAAGGGCACGAAGAAGGAGUUGGGACCAGCGAAAAGAAAGACCAGGAAUGAAGACGAUGAUCCCAAAGAAGUAGGCAAGAAAAGCAGGGAGAGCGAAAUGCAUCUGGACAUAACACCACUAACGAAAUCAGCAGCAAACAGCCAGGAUACAUUGCCAGAGGAGGAUUCGGACAACACCCUUGAGUGGCUGGACGAAUACAUAGACUUGCUGAAGGCACGCAGAGCGCUGGACUUGGAAAUCAGACUGGCACAUGCAAGACACAUCAGUAUUCUGAAGAAAGAGUCGAGCACAAAUGCCGCAGGUGGAUUCCCAACCACCACAAACCGCUAUGAAGCGCUGCCAGCAGAGAACACCUUUUCGGAAUUUCUGGCCCCGCAAUACGUUGAUCAACACAAUGAUGCAAUGGAAACUGACAGCAGCACAAGCACCUCACACACAGCCCCUCAAGCAAAAGAGCAAAUCAACGAGUGGCCCGAUUCUUAUCURUGYGAGGACACAAACAUAGUGGGCACAAGCGAUGAGGAACCCCCMAAAUCCAUCAACACCAAGGARCAGGAAACAGAGGAAAUGAAAAUGAUCUCCCUAGCAAACAACUUGCUCAGGCAGAAGAGGAACCUCAAGAAGGRAAAACGGAGRCAGAUUGCCAUUCKGGAGAGGCAAACAAAUUUUCUGCAAGAGMAAAAUCUUGAGCUGGGAGCAGAGACUCRUUCCCUCAACAGAAUCGCAGACAACACCCCACAGGAUCUKRCAGUGRCAGCUACACUGGACGCACGCACCCUCUCUCCCACAAUCCCCUUUUUGCCAUUCYGUUACAACUCAGACAAAAAGGAAUGGCAGAUUGCAGUCCGGUCCUCGAUGGGCAUCAUCACARCUCAGGAUUCAYACACACGUCCUAAGUUUGCAAGGACAAACAUCUCAGAUGACCGCCCCCUGGCCAUGAAAGUGAUAGAACACGACAGUCUGCAGGUGUUCUGGGAUGACGACAGCGGGGAAAGACGGCUCAGUGACCUGAGACCAGUGCUGGUCCUCUAUGAUCAGCAAGCUCGCCUGAGGGAGAACCUGACAUGGAAAUCCUGGGAGUUGAUUUGCGAGGUACCCUACUCACUGCUGGGCCAGAAGGACGAAGUGGACAGAAUCGCCUUCAGCACARCGGCCUUCAUGAGAGAGGAAUGGUUGGGCAAAGAUGAGGAGGAGACCCUGRGGAAAUUGAAGAAGGACAAGGAGAAGAAAGAGGAGAAGAAGAAUGAGAAGGAUGAGAAGGAGAAGAACACUCCCCUCCCCCCUACUUGAGCCAUCUAUCAGUCCCACAUCAGGCUUGACCGUUUCAGCUAGUAAUGGAAGACCUUUCGAAUGACCAACCUGAAAGUGGGACAAACAACAACGCAAAAAGAUUCAGACCCACAACGGAAUCAGACAUACUUAAAGAAAUCAGAAAACAACCCGAAAUAACUUGCGUGUCUUGGAACCUCAACGGUCUGGCCUCCAUUCUAGAUAACCCAAUCAAAUGGAGAAACCUUACUGAAACCAUAGGAUGGUUUGGACCCAACCUCCCAGACAUAACAUGUCUCCAAGAAACACACCUAACCAAUAGUAAUGAUCACAAUAAACUACCAUUAGCCAUCACCAGGAAACUCACCCACGUGAAAUCAGCCUUAUGGGCCAAAGCAGCAGAUAACGGUUCAGCAGGGAUAGUAAUCCUUCUCCAUCAAAAAUCAACAGCUAGCGAAGCAAUAAAAAUCCAAAACGUCA